UUCACUACAUUCAAGGACGAAAUACAGGCCGGUCCGACACGAUGGCAACAAAAUCAGCCAGCAGGGGAAUUAUUCCAGGGAUUCGAAGACGGCUGUAUGCAUCCCAGGCUGCAUCCAGAGCUGAACAAGGAGAGUCACAUCUGCCAAAGCAGGAUCCAAAGAUAACCAAGCUGCCUAAUGGUGUACUUGUGGCAUCUGUGGAGAACUAUUCUCCACUGUCGCGAGUGUCUGUUGUCGUCAACGCUGGCUCUCGUUUUGAAGAUGGAGACAACUUAGGUGUGACACAUUGCCUGAGGGUAGCAGCUUCACUGAGCACAAGAAAUUCCAGCAGCUUUAAGAUCAUAAGAAGUUUACAGCAAAUUGGAUCCAACUUGACGUGCUCAGCUGGACGGGAGUACAUUCACUACAGCCUCGACUGCACACGUGACAAUGUAGAAACUGGCCUUGGAUUUAUGAAGGACAUUACAACAAGUCCUGUAUUCAAACCCUGGGAGUUAGCUGAGGUUCAGGCCAGGCUUAGGGUUGAUAGAGCUGUUUUGGAGACCCAGCCUAAUGUUGAGGUGAUUGAAUUACUUCAUGAGGCAGCUUUUAAGAGGUCUCUAGGCUGCUCCUUGUAUGCACCAAGCUUCAUGAUCGGCAAAUAUACCUCAGAGCAGCUGCAGAGCUAUGUGAGUCAGUUUUUCACCUGUGACCGCUUGGCUGUUGUUGGUGUUGGAGUGGACCAUGAUCAGCUAUGUGCAGAGAGCAGUAAAUUCACACCGUUUAACCCCACAGGCAAUGAAGGAGACCCUGUCCUCUACCUGGGAGGUGAGCUGAGAAAGAACACUGAUAACCCUCUUGUGUAUGCUGCCGUAGCAGUUGAAGGGCCAUCGAUAAAUGGUAAGGACCUGUUGCCUAGCGGAGUACUCCAGAUGAUCAUGGGAACAGGGCCUUAUGUCAAAUACAGUGGUGGCACAUCAGCCGCUCAUCUGGCUCAGGCUGCAUCUUCAGCUACGUCCCAGCCGUUUGCAAUUUCCUGUAUCAAUGCAAACUACCAGACCUCGGGAUUGUUUGGAUUCUGUGCCGCAGCUCAGUCCAAUGACAUAGGAAAGGUGUUAAAGACUGCAUUCUCACAGUUUGCAAGCGUGACAAAGAAUGGAGUGACAGACCAGGAGCUAGCGCGUGGAAAGAACCAACUGAAGUCAGCCAUCCACAUGCAGCGUGAGGACGGGGGUAAUCUCUUGUUUGAUAUGGGAGAGGAAGCCUUAGGGGAGAAAGCCUUGAUCCGCCUCUCAGAGGUUGACAAGGCCAUCGAUGCUGUCUCUGUUAGUGAUGUCGUCAAUGUCGCAAAGAGGAUUGUGAAUGGAAAGGCAACCAUGGCAGCUGUAGGAAACCUUAAAAACACCCCCUGUUUAUCGGAGCUCUACAAAUAGCAUGGGAAUGGAUAGGAAAUUCUAUUUAGUGAAAUUGGUCUUGCAC